AUAACCAUAAUCUUUUAAAUCUUUAGUUUUUUUAUUAAAAUAUUAAAUUUAAAAAUUGUAAAAGUUAAAAUGAGUGCCACAUUUUACAGUUACGACCCCUGCGUAUGCACAGGCAUGCCGUGUGGAGCUUGCUACCCAUAUUCAACAAAGCCGUGUGUAGCAUCAAGGAACGAUUUGGGACCAUGCUCAGUGUGCCCAGGCGGAGGGUGCUCGCCAUGUCCAGCGCCCGUGCGACCCUGUCCAGCUCCUUGUCCGGCACCACCCGUCCUGCCUUGCUUGCCUCCAUGUCCACCAUGUGAUAAGCCUGGAAAUCCAAUUCCCCCACCCGGCCGUAUCUGUGAAUCUGUAGCCAUUCCAUGCUGCAGGCCUAACAGAUGUAAGCCCUGUCCAUGCUACUGCUGCACGGAGCCUGGAGUGUGUUCAGCAAAACGGUGCAGCUAUCCUGGAGUCGCCGUGUGCGGUGGCUGCUGUGGCCCAUGCAUGCCCGUUUGGUGAUUCAGACACAAAGUUUUCGUAAAAAAAAUGGACUUCUUUGAUUGGAUUGGAUUGUACUUAUAUUUUUGUGAUUGAAACAAAUAAAGCGUUCUAAAUUA